UUGACUUUGCUCACUUCGGGCCCGGGCGCGGGAAGGUGCGGGUCGUUGGGCUUGAGCGUGGUGGCAGCCGAGAGGCCAGAAGGACAAGACCUGCCCGACGGCCACAUCCCGAAUCGGCCUCCCUCCACCGCGUGACGGGUGCCACCCUCGGGUCCGCCAUCCCCGCGCCGUCGCCGCCGAGCUCGGCCUCCAGAACCAGCGGAAAGAAUCACAUGAACUCGGUCCUGGUCCCUCUCAACCCUCAACGACGUGAAAGGACACCGUGGCCCUCAGCCUCGCGGCGCCGGGGAGGCUGGGCGAGAGACCUCCAUCCCGCGGCCUGCAGAGCGCCCCUUCGCGGAGACCCGAAACCCUCUGGAUCCCAGGGUCCCACGUCUUCUCCUUCUGCUGCUGCUCUUGGCCUGUGCACAAAGCCCUGUGCUGAUUCUCUGCCUAGGAAAGGAUCAUGCAGCUGGAGGUCAAGGUGGCCCUCAACUUCAUCAUCUCCUAUUUAUACAACAAGCUGCCCCGGCGCCGGGCAGACCUGUUUGGGGAGGAGUUGGAGCGGCUUUUGAAAAAGAAGUAUGAGGGCCACUGGUACCCUGAGAAGCCACUGAAGGGCUCUGGCUUCCGCUGUGUCCACAUCGGGGAGGUGGUAGACCCUGUGGUGGAGCUGGCCGCUAAGCGGAGUGGCCUAGCAGUGGAGGAUGUGCGGGCCAACGUCCCUGAAGAGCUGAGUGUCUGGAUUGACCCUUUCGAGGUGUCUUACCAGAUUGGUGAGAAGGGAACUGUGAAGGUCCUCUACCUGGAUGACAGUGAGGGGGGUGGUGCCCCGGAGCUGGACAAGGAGAUCAAGAGCAGCUUCAACCCCGAUGCCCAAGUGUUUGUGCCCAUCGGCAGCCAGGACAGCUCCCUGUCCAACUCCCCAUCGCCGUCGUUUGGCCAGUCGCCCAGCCCCACCUUCAUCCCCCGCUCUGCCCAGCCCAUCACCUUCACCACGGCCUCCUUCGCUGCCACCAAAUUCGGCUCCACCAAGAUGAAGAAGGGCGGUGGAGCGUCCAGCAGCGUGAGCAUGGCCGGCAGCGGGCCAAGUGGCCAGCAGCCACCUCAGCAGCAGCCUCGCCUGGCCCGCUCGCCCACAAAUAACCUGCUGAAGCACAAGAGCCUCUCUUUGUCUAUGCAUUCACUGAACUUCAUCACAGCCAAUCCGGCCCCUCAGUCCCAGCUUUCGCCCAAUGCCAAGGAGUUUGUGUACAACGGUGGUGGCUCACCCAGCCUCUUCUUCGAUGGGGCAGACGGCCAGAGCAGCAGCACCACUGCAGCCGCCUUCGGGAGCAGCGGAGCUGGCACUUGCAACAGCAGCAGCUUCGACGUGUCCCAGGUGUUCGGAGGUGGCGCCAACAGCCUCUUCUUGGAGAAAACGCCCUUCGUAGACGGCCUCAGCUACAACCUCAACACCAUGCAGUAUCCCAACCAGCCCUUCCAGCCUGUCGUGCUGGCCAACUGACCGUCUUCCUGUCCGCCUGGCCGGGAGCACCCACGACCACCGAAAAGAGAAAGAAAAGGCCAAACAAAAGAGGAAAAGAAAACUAUACAAAAAAGAUUCCAGUCUUCUCAUUCUUACAGCUAGGAAAAAGAUCUGCCCAGGCACAGAGUAGGAGGGGCUCCCGAAGCACGAGGUGUUCAACUCAGCCCCUGACAGUUUUUCUGCCUGCCUCUGAUUUCAUUUGGUUGGGUUGGGUUUUUUCUUUUUUUUUUUUGGUUACGUGUACCUUUAGUCAGUGGCCCCCUGUGCUAAGAAUGGCGUCCAGGCGUGAAUUGCUGCCCCUACUCCCUUCAUGCUCCUUUGGGAUUGGUGCAGUCAGGCUCACGGGAAAGGAGGAGCAGCAGCUGGAAUCAGAUGUCCCCUGGAGCAGGGAGAGGCUGGCCCCCACGUCCACGGCCUCAUCCUAGCUAUCUUCUUAGGCCCUGUUACCCAAAUAGGUCUGGCCCUAGCUUCAACUCCCUCUCAGGCAGGGCCAUAGCAAGCUGCUGACUGGCCAUUUGACACCCUCCCCCUAAAGCUAAUAUCUGUGACUGUAGUGAGGUUAGCACUUUUUCUAGUUGAAACCCUUCUCUGUCCUGUGGCCCUGCCCCUCACCCGCUCCGGGCCUGGACAAGCUAUAUGCAACCUCUCUCCAGCACAGCCUUUCCCUGAGCCUGAGGUUAGGGCAGGGGGGAGUGGUUGGGGUAAGUGUAUAUUUUUGUGUGUGCAUUCAUGCCUGUGAGUGUGUGUGGCCUGCUGUUGUGUUCUAAAGGAUUCCAAGCCACAUGGAACUUCCCCUCCCUGGGUGUGAUUUCUGGGUUGUAACAAGUGCUUAUUUAUAUGCAGGGUUAGGGGAUGGGCCCAGGUGGGUUGAUAGCCCUCUGUAAGGCUGUAGGGCAGUGGAUGUGGUGGGGUGAUGUGUGGCUAAGCCUAAGAAACUCAGAGGAAAGCACUGCGUAAGGAACUGCUUUCCCAGAUUGCAGAGAGAUCUGCGCUUUUGUUUGAUUUUGACCAAAAAAUAAAAAAAUCUGAAGGGCAGGAAGAACCCCCAAACCUGAUGCCUAAGAGGAGUCCCUAGACAUAAGCAGCUCUAUUAUGUGCCCUUAGCCCAGGGUAGGACAGGGAGACAAUUUGGAGUCAGUGCCUGUGGUGGGCAGUCGUGAGCCUUGAAUUGAGGCCGUGCUUUUUGGUAUAGGUGUAGAGGCAUCUGUGCCUGUCUGAGAACUCCUAGUUCCUCUCUUGCCAUACUGUGUCUGCGUUCACCUAGCACGACUUGACCUUGAUGCUACGAGAUGGGAUCUCGCAGGCAGCUAGGAGAAGCCCCUUCACCAGAAAGCACCAAAGCCCCGGCCCCAUCGUAACUCCAUUCUCCCCAGGGACUCCAAGUGGGAACUGCUGUGGCAGUGAGGUCAGCCCAGACAGACACUGCCAACCCCUCCUCCUUGCGUUGGGCACCAGCUCUACCUCCCCCAGCAGGGCAAGGCCCCGCGCUCUCAGCCCAGCACCACCUCCCCUCUAGUCUUCCCCAGCUCGCCCAUUCUGGGCCUCCUGUCCCUCCAUCCUCAGCACCCACACAGGUGACAGCCCCAGGUCAGCAACCUCUGGGACAAGUUGAGUGUUGCCUUAUCCCCACUUCCAGCCCCUCCUCCCACACGAACACAGCUACCAUCUGCGCCCAAGCCAGCUUGUUUUCUCACACAUGGGGACACUGGAGCCCCGCCCCUUGUGUCUUUUGAAAUAGGAAGAAAAAAAAUGAGUGUUCAGGAACAUGACUCCUGGACUGGGCUCUCGGGCCCAGUUUAGUGUCUCAUCGCAAAUCUAGGCAUUUUUGCUUCAAUUUUAUUUUUUUUAAGAAAAAAAGAAAAACAACUCUGCACUAAUUUACCUGGUUUCGUAGAAAAACUUUUUUUUCUUUUUUACAUUUUUGGUGUCCGUUUGUAUUGAAUAAUUUGCUACAUUUGUAAAAUGUAAGAGGUAUAUAUAAUAUAUGUAUAUUUCUAAUGUAAGAAACGUAAUUUUUUUUUCUUUUCAAGAUUUUUUCUUAAAAAGAGGAGAGAAACCAAUAUUUUUUCAGGAAAAACAAACUUUUAAAAAAUAGGAACAUAAAACCUUUUCCUCCCCUUUCCCAACCUCUCUUUCCCUCCCUCUCACCCAGGAGCAAACCAGAAGGUGGAUUAUCUUGUCAAACAUGUCAGCUGUCUUCUUCUUGAUGCUGUAAAGCCUCAGUAGCUCUCCCUAGAGACGGGAAGAGGCAUUGAGGCAGCCAUAGAGAGAGGAGCCUGGGAGCAGGGCGAUGACCUUUUUUUUCUCUAGUGAAGGAAGAAUGCAAUCAAGACAUUUUGUAUUCAGAACGUUGUGCAAUAUUUUGGAAUGAGACAUUGGUGUGUUUAGAGAUUUAGUUUCAAAACAAAGAUUGAUCAAAUCUGUACAGUUUAUAUUGUUCCAGAUUUUUUUAAGUUUGUAUUAAAAGCAUGAUAUAUAAUAA